AUGUCGAACGUUCAAUGGCUACCACUAGAAUCGAACCCCGAAAUCAUAACUAAUUUCAUGCAUAAGAUGGGUGUUGAAAGAAAUGUGGAAUGUGUGGAUGUGUAUGGCUUUGAUGACGAUCUGAUCGCUAUACUACCGAAACCGUGCUAUGCGUUGCUGUUAUGUUUUCCUGAUUAUAAAAAGGUUGACGAGCUGAUGAGUCCUGUUUAUGAUCAGCUGAUCAAGCAAGGUUGCAAUAUACCAAACAACCUCUUCUUCAUGAAGCAGAAAAUAUCGAACGCAUGCGGAACAUUCGCAUUGAUUCAUGCAUUGGCCAAUAAUCGUGAUAAGAUUCAUUUGGGUGGUGCUCUGAAAGAAUGGUUGGAUAAAGCAUUGGAAUUGGAUGCGGAAUCACGAUCGGAUUCAUUGGCAAACAACGAAGAGUUGGAAGAGGCUCAUGAGAGUUGUGCUCGCAGUGGUGAUACGAAUGUGGAGAGCGAACACCCUCUCGAACAUCACUUCAUCUGUUACGUGAACAGAGAUGACACUCUUUAUGAAAUCGAUUCACGUGCUCCAUUUCCCCGUGCUUGUGGUGCAACCAGCGACGAUAGUCUCAUUAAAGAUGCCGGAUAUGUGUGCAAACAUUUAAUGUCCCAGCUCGAUAAUCUUUCCUUCAGUGCACUUGCUAUUGUUCGCUCAUCAUAA